UUGAAUCUUUACUUAGGUAACCUAUCGCAGUAUGAAGAAUGCAUUAAUUCAACUUGGCAAGGGCAUACAGAGGGGACCAGCUGAAGACCUGGUUCCUGUAUUGUUUGGUGAGAAACCGCCAGUUGUUUCAAAGAAAGCCACUCAAUUCAGUCCCUUUAACAAGAAUCUUGAUCAUUCACAGAGAGAUGCUGUCUUGAAAUCUCUUUCCUGCAAGGAUGUAUUUUUGCUUCAUGGGCCCCCAGGAACAGGGAAAACAACAACUGUGAUUGAGAUUAUAUUACAAGAAGUCAAACGUGGAUCUAAAAUUCUUGCAUGCGCUGCUUCCAAUAUUGCUGUUGAUAACAUAGUUGAACGCCUUUUUCCAUUCAGGGUAAAGUUGGUGAGAUUGGGACAUCCUGCUCGCUUGUUACCUCAAGUUUUGGAAAGUGCACUUGAUGCACAGGUUCUGCGAGGUGAUAAUAGUGCCUUGGCAAAUGAUAUUCGCAAGGAAAUGAAGGUUUUGAGUGGGAAGCUGCUAAAAGCUAAAGAUAGAAAUACCAAAAGAGACAUCAGGAAAGAGCUUAGAACCCUUGCCAAAGAAGAGAGGAAGAGACAGCAGCUGGCAGUCACAGAUGUUAUUAAACGGGCAGAUGUAGUUUUGACAACUUUGACUGGUGCAUUUUCUCGCAAACUUGAGGGCAGUGCGUUUGACUUGGUUAUAAUUGAUGAAGCUGCUCAGGCACUUGAAGUAGCAUGUUGGAUAGCAUUGCUCAAGGGACCAAGGUGUGUGCUUGCAGGAGACCAUCUUCAGCUUCCCCCUACAAUCCAAAGUGUAGAAGCAGAGAGGAAGGGAUUAGGGAAAACCCUCUUUGAACGUUUAGCAGGCUUGUACGGGGAGGAAGUCAUGUCUAUGCUCACGGUCCAAUACCGAAUGCAUGAGCUUAUUAUGAACUGGUCAUCUAAAGAAUUCUACGAUAAUAAGGUGAAAGCCCACUCUAGUGUAGCUGCACAUAUGCUCCAUGAUGUUGAAGGUGUGAAGAGUUCAUCAUCAACAACACCGACCCUUCUUCUUAUAGAUACAGCAGGGUGUGACAUGGAUGAGAAGAAAGACGAAGAAGAAAGCACUAUGAAUGAGGGAGAGGCUGCAGUUACUAUAGCUCAUGCAAAGCAGCUUAUUGAAUGUGGUGUUCAGGCAUCUGAUAUUGGAAUAAUCACUCCGUAUGCUGCACAGGUGACCUAUCUUAAAAUGAUGAGGAGCAAAGAAAACAUAUUGAAGGAUGUAGAAAUUUCAACAGUCGAUGGGUUCCAAGGCCGGGAGAAAGAAGCCAUUGUCAUUUCAAUGGUUCGAUCUAAUUCAAAAAAGGAGGUUGGAUUUUUGAGCGACCAUAGGCGAAUGAACGUUGCAGUGACACGCGCCAGAAGACAGUGUUGUCUUGUAUGCGACACCGAUACCGUUAGUCAUGACAACUUCUUGAAGCGCCUAAUUGAAUACUUCGAAGAACAUGGGGAGUACUCAAGUGCAUCCGAGUACGUGAGUUGAAUCUGAAAAAAAAAUCUGCAUGAUUGUUUUCUGUGCAUGUUCGGAAAUAUCUUAAUUUUUUUAUGUAGGUAUAGGACAGAAAACACUUUAUUCCUAUAUUGUUUUCUUUCUUUGAUUGUCAUAAACAAAUGUAAAAAAAUAUCUAUGAUAUCAGGUCAUUGCCUGAUCUUAAGAACACAUCACAACACAACAAUGCUUACCAUUGACGCA